AUGUGUUUUUCAGAAGCGUAUGAAAGGCUGAGUCGCUUCAUUUCACGCGAAAGUGAUUCUGUGGUUGUGACGAUUGGAUACCGCUUAGCCCCAGAACAUCCAUACCCUGUCUCUUUUUUGGACUGCCGCAGUGCUGCAAUACACUUCUUGAAGAACGUAAAAGAAUAUGGAGUGGACCCCAAUCGUAUCAUCAUUGGCGGGGAUAGUAGCGGAGGCAGCUUAGCGACUGCACUUUGUCAAGAACUGGUAACAAGGACGGAUCUCCCAAGGCUGCGUGCCCAGUUCUUGUUGUACCCAUUCCUCCAGGCAGUGGACUUCAGUUUGCCUUCUUACCAGCAAAACCAUUCAGUUCCUAUCCUGUUCAAGAAACUGGCUAUUAAACAUGGCUUCUUUUAUCUCACUGGGAAAUAUGUCGACAUGGAUAAAAUUAUGAAGAAUGCCCACGUUCCUAUGGAUUUACGGGUGAAGUGCAAAAAAUGGAUCAGUGCAGAUCUUAUUCCAGAAGAAUUUAAGGUCAGGGGCUACGUGCCACUGGUCCCUGAUCCAUUUUCAGAAAACCUUUAUGAAAUUGGCAAGCAAGCCUUUGAGCCCAUGUUUUCCCCACUUUUAGCAGAAGAUACAGUCAUCUGCCAGCUCCCUGAAAUGUUCCUUGUAACCUGCGAAUACGAUGUUCUCAGGGAUGAUGGACUGUUGUACAAGAAACGCCUGGAAGACAAUGGUGUGGCAGUGACAUGGCAUCAUGUAAAGGAUGGAUUCCAUGGAAUAUCAUUUGGAAUCAAUAACAGAUUAUUUGAAUUUCCAAGUACACGGGACAUUUUUCAACGUUUAAUGGACUUCUUAAAAGAUUUAUAGAACUAUAUAAUCCACGUUCUUCUGUGCUACUGUUGGGAGGAAAUGGUGGGUGGAAAUAAUACAAUGAGACACAGAUAUGGGAUUUAAA